AUGCCGCUGUACAGCUGCGUGCCAGCGCCUUUCAGAUCGGCAAGGACUUUUUGCAACUUUAUAACUCUGCUCUGUCUCAUCUUUGGCAUCAUGAGCCUCUUUCUGGGCUACCCUCUCCUGGACUACUUCUACGGAUUCCACCCUAGUAAGCACGGAGGAUUCAACCUGGGAGGCACGAAUGCGAGUGGUCAGAUCCCCAGCUACAAGAGUCUCGGCAUACGUGAAGGGCUGAUUGACCCAGACACAGAUAUGAAGCGACACGGACAGAUUCAAGGCUCGGAUGGAAACAUGCUCAAGCUCGUCUUUUCAGACGAGUUCAAUGUCGACGGCAGAAGUUUCUACCCUGGCGACGAUCCAUUUUGGGAAGCCUUGGAUUUGCAUCCUUGGGGAACAGGUGACUUUCAGUGGUACGAUCCCUCUGCCGUCACUACGCGGGACGGAGCCUUGCAAAUCACUGCAACCGAAAUUGAAAACCAUAAUCUCAACUUUAGAAGCGGAGAAAUACAGAGCUGGAACAAGUUGUGCUAUCAAGGCGGCCUUCUCGAAGUUGGGGUGCGACUUCCUGGGUCGCCCCAGGUGUCAGGUUGGUGGCCUGCCGUUUGGACCAUGGGCAAUUUGGGUAUAGCAAAUUACGGCGCAACGACGGAAGGCCUCUGGCCCUACGCUUAUAAUGAAUGUGACAGAGGGGCUCUGAUAAAUCAGACAGAUGCGGAUGGUCUGGGCCCAACAGCCGCUCUGGAAUCAGGCGCGGAAACGGACUUCAACAAGAUCUACAAGACCAAGAGCCUGAGCUAUCUACCAGGCAUGCGUCUUGGUCGCUGCACCUGCGAAGGUGAAGAUCAUCCUGGACCUGAGCACCCCGAUGGAGGCUGGGUGGCUCGAUCGGCCCCCGAGAUCGAUCUGUACGAAGCUCAGGUCGGGUGGCACCCCAAACGAGGGGAAUUGAGUCUCAGUGGGCAAUUUGCUCCGUUCAACGCCGGGUAUUGGCUCGGCAAUGAGUCCAAUGUGGACUUUGUUCCUGGCGACUUUGUUUUGAGCUCAUACAGGGGAAACAUCUUCCAGCAAGCAGCCUCUGGCAUCGCACCUGCCAAUCAGGACGCCUAUGAGCUUACGGGUGGGACGUACAGCCGUGUCAGCGUCGAGUACAAACCCGGUUACGAAUCCGAUGGAGCUUUCAUAGAAUGGAAGAUUGAUGGCCAUCUCGGAUGGAGGAUGAACGCUGCGGCAGUGGGACCAGACGAACGAGCUGGAAUCGCUGCUAGGAACAUCGCUGAAGAGCCUCAGUACAUUAUCAUGAACUUGGCUCUCUCGAAAGGUUUUGGUGUCAUCGAGUUCGACCAGAUCAAGUUCCCUGCAACUAUGAGCGUUGACUACGUGCGUCUGUACCAGGAUCCCAAGAACAUCAGGGUGGGCUGCGACCCUAAAGAUCAUCCUACCAAGGACUACAUCGAACGGCACAUGGAAGCUUAUACCAACGCAAAUCUGACGACGUGGGGCAACACGCGCAGCGUAGGUGGAUACGGAGCAAAUUGGCCGCGAAACAAGCUGUACGACGGAGGAAAGGGCUGCGAGGCUGAGCCAAGGAAUUACCCUGGAAACUUGCGGACCGGAACGGCUGCGCACAGUAGCGAUGGCGGCGACUUGCCACCUGCGAUCAAUGGCCAGCAGGUUGCCGGCCCUAUCACUAAUCCUGUCGGACCGACGCAUGCGGGAGCCGCUGGGCCUGACCCUGACGUCGACACAGAGACCACGCCCGUAGCAGAACCCGGCCCAGCGACGGUGACGGACGACGAGGACGAUGGAACGUAG